AUGUCCUGGGAGAGGACCAUUUUUGGUUCGGCCAUGAAUAACUGUGUGCUCCUGGAGGAACUGCUGAUCAAAAAAUCCCAGCAGAAGAGAAGGACUUCACCCUCCAACUUUAAAGUGCGCUUCUUUGUCUUAACCAAAUCCAAGUUGGCUUACUAUGAACAUCGCCAUGGGAAAAAAAGGACUUUGAAGGGUUGUGUGGAACUUUCCAGGAUUAAAUGUGUGGAAAUUGUGAAAAGUGACAUCAUCAUUCCCUGUCAGUAUAAAUAUCCUUUCCAGAUCGUCCAUGAUAACUACAUACUUUAUGUGUUUGCACCCAAUCGUGAGAGCCGGCAGAGAUGGGUCUUUACGCUGAAGGAAGAAACCAGAAACAACAACAGUCUGGUUUCAAAGUGUCAUCCAGAUUUUUGGAUAGAUGGCAAGUGGAGAUGCUGUGCUCAGACAGAGAAGAUGGCAGCUGGCUGCGUGGAGUAUGACCCCACCAAAAAUGCCUCAAAGAAGCCUCUUCCUCCCACUCCUGAAGAUAAUCGGAAAUUGUUGCUAGACCCAAAGGAAGCCUUAGUCAUGGCCAUAUAUGACUAUGAAGCCCAGAAUCCGCAGGAGCUGACGUUACAAUAUAACGAGGAAUAUUAUGUGAUUGACAGCUCUGAGGAACAUUGGUGGCUGAUUCAAGAUAAGAAUGGACAUGAAGGCUACGUGCCAAGUAGCUACCUGGCGGAAAAAUCACCCGAGAAUCUGCAAAUAUAUGAAUGGUACAACAAGAACAUCAGCAGAAGCAAAGCAGAAACACUCCUCAAGGAUGAGGGUAGGGAAGGUGCCUUCAUGGUGAGAGAUUCGAGGCAACCUGGCAUGUACACAGUCUCUGUUUUCACCAAAGCAUUAAGCACGGAUAACAAUCCUGUUAUAAAGCAUUACCACAUCAAUGAGACAACUGACUUCCCCAAGCGGUAUUACUUGGCAGAAAAGCAUGUGUUUGACUGCAUCCCUGAACUCAUCAACUAUCACCAGCACAAUGCGGCAGGUCUUGUCACUCGUUUGCGGUAUGCGGUCUCUUCUUGGAGAAAAAAGGCCCCAAUCACUGCAGGGCUGAGCUACGGAAAAUUGGUCAUUAACCCCUCUGAGCUCACCCGUGUACAAGAAAUUGGCAGCGGUCAGUUUGGGGUGGUCUACCUUGGCUAUUUGCUGGAGAAGACAAAAGUAGCCAUAAAGACCAUUCGUGAAGGAGCAAUGUCUGAAGAGGAUUUCAUCGAGGAAGCUAAAGUCUUGAUGAAGCUGUCUCACCCCAAGCUAGUCCAGCUUUAUGGUGUGUGCUUUGAGAACGCUCCCAUUUGCCUGGUGUUUGAGUUCAUGGAGAACGGCUGCUUGUCCGACUACCUCAGGAGCCAGCGGGGCAGUUUUUCAAAGGAAACCCUGCUGGGGAUGUGCCAAGAUGUGUGUGAAGGAAUGGCUUAUCUGGAACAAAACUCUGUCAUCCACAGAGAUCUGGCUGCUAGGAACUGUCUGGUGGGGGAAUCCCACGUGGUCAAGGUGUCCGACUUCGGGAUGUCAAGGAUUGUCCUUGAUGAUCAGUAUACCAGCUCCACGGGUACCAAGUUUCCAGUCAAGUGGUCUGCCCCAGAGGUUUUUUCCUACAGCAACUAUAGCACCAAAUCUGACGUUUGGUCAUUUGGAGUGCUGAUGUGGGAGGUCUUCAGUGAAGGUAAAAUCCCCUAUGAGAAUCGCACCAAUGGAGAAGUGGUGGAAGAAAUCAGUGCAGGAUUUCGGCUCUACAAACCCAAGCUGGCCUCCAAGGCAAUUUAUGAGGUCAUGAGCCACUGCUGGAGGAUGAGGAAAGAUGACCGGCCGUCCUUUUCUGUUCUGCUGUAUCAGCUGAGUGAAAUCUCUGAGUUUGAUCUGUAAUCAUGGCACCAGCCGCUAAGCGAAGCUAAGA